AUGAGCAUCGGCCAGACGCUCAUCGGCUGCAGCAGUCAGCACAACAAGAAGGGGACACAUCCUCUAAGGCACGGGCCAUCCGGGAUGGUCUAGUUGCUUACCCAGAUGGUCCCGUUGGAACUUCCGCCGGGUGACAUCCCGUCGCCGCUCUUCCCGGAUCGCCCUGCGUUUUCUCUUAGUUUAAUGAUGAACAACUUCUUGCGCUUCAAUGCGCGAGUUGGGGUUCUGUUCAAGUUCCAGGCCCGCGUACAGCGCGUGCUGGCGUGGGAUCGGCCAACCGAGACCUGGUCACUCCUGGCGGUUUAUACGCUGAUUUGCCUCAGGCCGUAUCUUUUGCUCGCCCUUCCGUUCUCCAUCAUCAUUUUUGGCAUCCUUGUCCCCUCGUUCAUUGCGCGUCACCCGGCGCCAAUGUCGGACACCGACCGUCUUCGCAGCGUCGGCUUCUCGCCUCGAGGCCCGCCCCUGGCACCAGCGCCAACAGUAGCCCUGACGAAGGAAACGUCCAAAGACUUCCUCCAGAAUUUGGGCGGGCUGCAGAACAUGAUGGACGACCUUAGUAACGUCCAUGACGCUGUCGUCGACCAUUUUUUGCCCGUGAUAAACUUCUCGGACGAGGCACUCUCGUCGGCGGUUUUUGUUUGGAGUGUCGCUGGGCUUUUGUUCGUGCUGGCUUUCGGGGACAAGAUCCCCAUCAGGUUUAUUGCUCUGAUUGCUGGUUGGGCUGGCAUCCUGUCGCUCAACCCAUGGGUCCGGCGCUGGGCUGGCCGGCUCUCACAGCAGUUCCUCGGCCAGAAGGACCAGACUGACGGCGAUAAGGACGGCCAAAAGGCCCGAAAUGGCGAUAACACCAAUGAGGGCAAAUCGACCGGUCUGGUCCCCAUUCAAGUUCCCUCCCCAGCCGAGCUCGUGGAACGCGUCAAGUCGGACAUCAAGCUCGACUCCCCUCCCGAGACCCGGGAAGUCGAGGUGUUUGAACUCCAACGCAAGGACCCGGCCACGGGCGAGUGGGAGGCCUGGCUCUUCACGCCAACACCAUAUGAUCCUCUCUCAGCUGCCCGUCUCGCUGGCGAGCGUCCUAAGGGCGAGCGCUUUUUCGAGGACGUGCUUCCGCCCGAGGGCUGGGAGUGGGCCGACAAGAAGUGGGUGUUGGAUCUGUGGUCCCGGGAGUGGGUCGAGGAGCGGAUCAUCACUAGCGUUGAGGUCGAGACUGAAGGUGAGAGGUGGGUUUAUGAUCUCAUUCCUCCCAACCAGCCUAACAACAGUGGUGAGGAGGAUCUUGCUGAAGAGGGAGGCUUGGCAAAUGGGAGCGCUCGUGGGCCGGAGCAGAGGAGGGUUCCCGGAGGGUUCCAGGCCAGUUGGGAGGAGGCGGAGGACGAUGAAGGUGCGGGGAGGAGGGGUAACUGGAGGAGGCGUAGGUGGGUUCGGACGGUGAAGCGGAAGGCGGAGGACAUCAUCGAUCGUCGCCCCAUCUGGAUCCCGGGGCUGCUUUCAUUCCCCUUCUGUCUCAUGCCAGCCAAGUGGCAGGAGUCUCUGCUCAAGCGAACAGAGAACGUCCUCGACUUCGCCGAACCGGUCGUACAUAACCUCCGGUACUACUAUCUGACCUCCUGGAUGGCCGACAAUCAAAGCAAGGUCGGCCACUUCCUCCGCCAGAUCACUUACAAGCCCCGCCAGAACCGACGCUUCAAGCGACUCUCGCUGAUCUGGGACGUAGGCUCUGCUUUGUGGACGCAUUGGGGCAGGCCUACCUGGAAGAAGAUAGGCGUUCCUUAUUGCCUGCGGAUGCUCCGGGGGCGGGAUCAACAAGAGGCGGACCGUAUCUAUAAUGAGACGAUCGAUAUGCUCCAAAGGGGGAAUCCAGAAGGUGAGGAGAGGCUGCGGUUUGUUGUUCAAGGCAUCGUUACAGGAUAUCUUCUCUGCAAUCGAGAAACCAUGAUACUGGCAAUGGAGAUCAUGGAAUCGAAGGGGUGGUAG